GGUUCCUAGCAUAGGUCAGAGGUUGCGGGUCAGACUCCGCCUCAGCGGGGCGGCUUAAUUACUAUGUAGCACGCCGUCUGUUCGGGUGCCUGCGCCUUCUGGAAACUUCCUGCGAGAGCGUCGCGGGUUCUUCGACUCCUGCACCCGGCCUAGACGCUGCCGCUUUCUCCAGGCUCCUGGGGAUCUUCUCGUUCUCGCUCCGCGGAGGAGCCUCCACCGCCGCCAUGUUCGGCUGCCUGGUGGCCGGGAGGCUGGUGCAAACAGUUGCACAGCAAGUGGCAGAGGAUAAAUUUGUAUUUGACUUACCUGAUUAUCAAAGUAUCAACCAUGUCGUGGUGUUUAUGCUGGGGACAGUCCCAUUUCCUGAUGGCAUGGGAGGAUCUGUCUACUUUUCAUAUCCUGAUUCAAGUGGAACGCCAGUAUGGCAGCUCUUGGGGUUUGUCACGAAUGAGAAACCAAGUGUCAUCUUCAAAAUUUCAGGUCUUAAAUCUGGGGAAAGCAGCCAGCAUCCUUUUGGAGCCAUGAAUAUUAUCCGUACCCCAGCUGUUGCACAGAUUGGUAUUUCAGUGGAAUUAUUGGAUAAUUUGGCUCAGCAGACUCCUGUAGGCAGUGCAGCUGUAUCACAAAUUGAUUCAUUCACUCAGUUCACUCAGAAGAUGUUGGACAGCUUCUAUAAUUUUGCUUCAUCAUUUGCUGUGUCUCAGGCCCAGAUGACACCAAGUCCCUCUGAAGUUUUCAUUCCAGCAAAUGUGAUUCUAAAAUGGUAUGAAAACUUUCAAAGGAGACUAAGCCAGAACCCUCAUUUUUGGAAAACAUGAUUUAAAUAAAGUACUUUUUAAUGGGUUCUGAAGCAUUGUCAUAUUUUGAAGAUAAUAAACCAGUUGCCAUUUAAAAGCAUGAGGAUGUAAGAAUAAUGAACUCUAAAUUGAAAAACUGCUUCUUGAUUAUUAAACUUACUUAAAAUUUUAAGAAUUUAAAUU